AUGGCGCCGUCGCCGUGCACCGUCCGCGGGACGCACCAGUUCGAGAUCGUCGGGUACAGCCUCAUCAAGGGCUUCGCCGCCGGCGAGUACGUGCGGUCGGGCUCGUUCGCCGUCGGCGGCUACCGGUGGUCCGUCCGCUUCUACCCUGGCGGCUUCUCGGCGCCGCACCGGGCGUACGUGUCGGCGUUCGUCAAGCUCACGAGCAAGAACGCCAGGGCGUGGGCGCGCUACGACCUGCGCCUGGUGGACCGGUGCACGGGGCUGUCCCGCUCCGUCCACCACGCCGCGGAGCCCGUCGUGUUCGUCUACUCGGCGCCGCCGCCGCCCGGCAAGUGCAAGCCCAAGCGCGGCGCCCGCAAGUUCAUGCCGCGGAGCGAGUUGGAGGCGUCGGCGUACCUGCGCGACGACCGGCUCACGAUCGAGUGCGUCGUCGACGUCGUCGCCGACGAGGCGCGGGUGCCAGAGGCCGUAGCUCUGUGCAAACUCAGACUGCCGCCGUCGGACCUGGCCAAGCACCUGGGCGAGCUGCUGCUGAACCAGCAGCAUGGCGACCAAGCGGCGGACGUCACGCUCGCCGUCCAAGGAGAGAUCUUCCGCGCGCACAGGGUGGUGCUGGCUGCGCGGUCGCCGGUGUUCAUGGCGGAGCUCUUCGGGGAUAUGAAGGAGAAGGCCAUGGAUCGCAUCGCCGUCGACGACAUGCAGCCGGUGGUCUUUAGAGCUCUGCUUCACUUCAUCUACACCGACGUGCUGCUGCUCCCCGGCGAUCUCGACGGGGACGACGACUACAGGGAGAUGGUGCGGCAUCUUCUCGAGGCGGCGGAUCGGUACGGCAUGGAACGGCUGAAGCUGAUCUGCGAGAGCAUCUUGUGCAGGAGCGUCGAUGGAGCCACGGUGGAGACGACGCUCGCCUUGGCUGAUCGACACUACUGCGAGGCGCUAACAGAUGUUUGCCUUCAGUUUAAGUCCCUUGAAUUAGAUGGAUGA